CUUUCUCCUGCAACUGCAGCAGCUCGAGCGCGCGUGGGACGCUCGCGCUCAAACCCAUUGAUCUGCCACAUCUUGACAGGGACUUUUGAACACUUUUUCGGAAGAAUUUGAAAAGUUUUACCGGGUUUUGAUCCUCUAAAGACGGUAACUUUUUUUUUUUUUUUUUAUCCUAACGGGAAGCGGUUUUGCCUGAAGAAAAAGGAUGCGAAUAAAGACGUUUGGGAGUUGACAUGUUUGAAAGGUUCGACUCUUGAUUACGUAAGAGAGUGUUUUUUCAGGUGUGUUUAGUAUCUAAACUAGAAGUCUGGCUCAUGUCCUCGGAGAUCAUCUUACCGCCGGAGGGGCCUGAAGGGCCAAAAACACAGCUCCAACAGGAAACAAGUCCACUUUUGUCCAACUCACCAGAUAAAUGCAACAGCUGCACUGAUGAGUCACCAAACACUACGGAAACAUCACAAACUUCGCUACUCGAUCACAAUGCAGAUGAGCAGGGUUACGUGACCGGGGAGAACCACACCCAUGAUGACCUUGUUAGAACACAACCUCAGCCUCUGCCCCAGCCAGCGACAUCCCUGCAACAUGCCAGCGACAGAGAGGCUGCCAGGCAACAAAACGGCCUGCACACAACGCUAAGUAAUGGCCACAGCACGCCGUGUGGAGUCACGCAGCCCCCCGCCACCGAGCCCAGGAAACACCCACCGCCCGUCUCGCACCGUGUGCAGAGAAAGCUUCGCUCCAGUCUGUCCGUCAACAGCGACACCAGCCGAAGGAGUAAAAUAAGCUCGACGGGUUCAUAUAAACCUGGCUCCACUCCAGAGGACUGCUGUGUCCACUGCAUCCUGGCCUGCCUGUUUUGUGAAUUUCUCACACUGUGCAAUAUGGUGGUGGCUCAGGCCUCGUGCGGCACCUGCACGUCAGAAGCCUGUUGCUGCUGUUGCUGCGCAGACGACCUGGGAGACGACUGCAACUGCCCCUGUGACAUGGACUGUGGCAUCAUGGAUGCCUGCUGCGAGUCGUCGGACUGCCUGGAGAUCUGUAUGGAGUGUUGCGGAAUCUGUUUCCCAACAUAAAAGCCCAUGCAGAUGACGGCCAGGAUAGAUAUAGAGUGGACGUGUGUGUGUGUGUGUGUGUGUGUGUGUGUGUGUGUGUGUGUGUGAAAGAGAGAAUGGGAGCUAGAGAGUGUGUUCUUUUCACACUUGUGAAGAAUCUGUUCCUGAGCUCAAGAUGACCAUGUAGAGGUCAUGUAAACUGUACAGAAGGACAAAAAUACAUUGCAUACUUAGCAUAACCCUGUAGACUAAAACUACAUUAAGAUGCUUAAUAUUUAAAAGGCUAAUUCACCCAGAAAUGAAAAUUCUGUCAUCAUUUACUCACCCUCAUGUUAUUUCAACACUGUAUGGCUUAUGUAUGGUCACCAUUCACUUUUAUUAAAUCUUUUCCAUACAAUAAAAGUAAAUGGGGACUGAGGCUGUGUCUCUAAAAUUUUCACAAAAAAAAAAAAAAAAACAGCUCUUUUUGCCAAAAGGAAGAAAGGGAAAAAAGCCAUGCAUGUUUGAGGUUGAGUAAAUAAUGACAUUAUUUUCUAUUUUGGGGGAACAAGGCCUUAAAUCAGAUAAUCAAUGCUAUAUAUUCAAUGCUUUAAUAUAUCAGAGCUUGUCUUUUUGUAUCCUAUUUACUGUUUUUACUGAGUUUUCAUCCCAUCCCUUUUCAUCAUUUUAACUAAUUUCUUUGUUUGUCUUUUAAGAUAUAUCCCACUUUAGAAUUUUAAUAACUCUCAAAUGUUGAACUGAAAACUGAGCAGACAUCAGAUGACUUGAGUCCGCUCUGCACCUCACUGUAAUUUGAGUGGAAACAGAACGCUUUCACACUGUCAGAGGUCAAGCCUUUGUGGGUGCUAAGCGGGAUUCUUAUUUUGAACAUUUUUUUGUUGAUGUUUGUUUUGAGAAAGGAGAGGGCUGUUUAAGUGAUGGCCAAUUUGGAAGUCUUUAUUUAAGCAGUGUCUACUGUAUCUCACUUCAUUAAAAGUCUCCAAGUUCUUAAAAAAAAAAAAAAAAAAAAAAAAAAUAGGACAUCCAAUGAUAUUAGCAGUUAGGUUGAUGGAAAGUGAUUUUAAGGUAGGAUAAAUUAACUGGGUACGCAAUACUUAAGAAUAUGCAGUGGCCCAAAAGUAGUUGGACGCUUAAGCCAAGCUUAAAAUGUAGUAUGUAAAUGUAUGAUGAAAUUGCAUUAGAUAAAAUAGCAAACCAAGUGGCAUUUAUUUUUUAACACAGUGGGCACACACAAGCAAAUCAUUUAAAAGUCAUGGCAAAAAAAAUAGGCUGAGAAAAGUGAAGUUACUUCAGAAGUUACGUAAUUAGGAUCUAAAAAAUACAGUGUAAACUUGAAUUUAUUCUUUCAUUUCUUUAUUCUUACUCUUUAUUUGCUUGGCUAAACUAGGAAAACACUUCUUGCCUCACUUCUUUUAAGUAAAUACUGGAUGCACUAUUGCAAAAUUCUGUUUUCCUUGACCGUAAUAGUCUGUAUUACAUUGCCUGAGGCCUUUGCAAAUUGAACAAAUCUGGCAUUUCUCUGCAUUAUGUAAGCUAAAGUUAGCUUCAAUGUUAACACAGUUGGUUUUUGUUCAUAGUGCGUAAUGCUUUUGGUAUGUCAUAUUUGUUUGUGACUCGGCUUACUCAUCUCGUCGAAACUGCUUAUGACAUACUUGCGUAACUGCACCUUUUAGAACACAGUGUGACUGUACUGACCCGAAACAUUCAAGUGAAAUAGGUUAAAAAGUGAACUACUUGACAUGUCUUACCUCUCCUGAAUCACAUAGUUCUUGUUUUUUGACAAGACCCACUUUCAGACCUAACUGACAAAGACUCUUACACUGAAGAUUCAAAGAAAAUAUAUGCAAUAAUUUAGUUGAAUUUUUAGGCUAAGAAGUUCUUUGUUACUGUAAGUGCUAUUCAUAUGAAUAAAAUGCAUUCUUUAUUUUAAUAGUCAGGAAAAGUCAAGCUGAAACUGGAGUCACAUUUCUGAGAUAUUUCUCGUUUACAAAUUAAAUGAUUUCCCAAUUAAUUUGGUAGAAUUCAAGCGAGCUUGCAUUUAAAAAAAAAAAAUCACUUCUCUCCUCUGAGAGCAAAUAAAUUAAUAAAUAUAUACUGUAAAUAAAUCAUACCUGUUUAAUUAAAAAACAAAAAAUCUAUUUUUCAGAGACUAUUUAAACACCCAAUUCAGGAUUAAUCAAAAUGUGUCUAUCAGGAGUUAAUUGCAAUUCCAGACGAUCAGACAAAACAACUGUCUACGAAAAAUGGCCUGUUAAAAAAAAACAAAAAGAAAAAGGAUUAAUAUGUGCCAAAUAUAAAAAUACAGGUGCCAUAAUUUUUAUACAUUUCUGAAGAGAAUGUGAACAGAGCUUACCAUAUUUAUCUUUUCUCAUAAAACAAACUACUCAAAUUGAUGUUUUGAUGUUUUUCCUUUGUCGUACAGUUUUUAAAUGUCUUUUAGUAUGUACUUGUUUGUUAAUGGACCAUCAAAAUUAAAAUUUUCUAAAAAUAAAAUGUUAAACUGGAGAUUAAGAAA